AUGGGGCGCCAAAGAAGCCCACAACCAUACUUGUUUCUUCAAAAAGCGGGACUUACGAACCGAAUGUUCAGUGGCAUAAAUUUCGCCUCUGGAGCAUCCGGUCUUCUAGAUGUCACAGGAAAAGAAUUGAACAUUGUAUCUAUGUCCGACCAAAUCAAACAAUUUGAGACUGUUUGUAGCAAUCUGACACUAGUAAAGGGUCAAGAUGCGGCAAAGAACAUGCUAGCCAAAUCCAUGAUCGCCAUCAGUGUCGGUAGCAACGACAUUUUCGGCUAUUUUGAAAAACGAAGCACGGUUGAUCCUCUUGUUUUCAUUGGUUCUUUAAUGGCAGCAUACGAGUGUCACAUAAAUGCAUUGUAUGAGCUCGGAGCAAGGAAAUUCGGGAUUAUAAGUGUACCACCAAUCGGAUGUUGCCCAUCACAGAGAAUUUACAAUUCCACUGGUGGAUGUUUGGAGAUUGAAAAUACUUUUGCUCGAGCUUUUCAUUCAUCGCUUGAUGCCCUCUUAAAGAAACUCACCUCCAAGUUGUCAGGAUUGAAGUAUGCACUAGGCAAUUCAUACGAAAUGACAAUCAAUGUUAUCAAUCAUCCAAAACUCUUUAAUUUCAAAUCAGUUGACACGGCAUGUUGUGGAGAAGGGUUGUUGAAUGCAGAAAAGACUUGUACACCGCAAGCAAAAUUAUGUUCAGAUCGAGACACGUACCUAUUUUGGGACUUGUACCAUCCGACGCAAUAUGCUUCCGAGCUUGCAGCUACGACUUUAUACAACGGUGGACCGCAAUUUGUGACCCCAAUUAAUUUUGCUCAGUUGGCCGCGUAUUGA